CUUGUUCUCCACUGAACCAGCAACAACUUCAUCCCAGUAUUACAAUGAAGUGCUUCGUUUUAGCCGUUUUGAUUGCUGUAGCUGUUGCCGAGACUGCCUAUCCCGAGUACCCAGCCACUUACGACAAACCUUCAUACGAUUACGCUCCCCAGCCGUAUAGCUACUCCUACGCUGUUAAGGACGAGGCUUCGUACAACGAUUAUUCCCACUCAGAGAGCAGUGAUGGAAAGGUGGUGACUGGAUCUUACAGUGUUGCUCUUCCUGAUGGCCGUACCCAAGUUGUAACAUACAAGGCUGACAGCUAUGGAUACGUAGCUGAUGUCAAGUACAUUGGCGAAGCGAAAUAUCCCGAGUACAAGCCAGCAUCUUACAGCCCAUCCUAUGAAGCUCCUGCUUAUACCACAGCUUAUCCGGAUUCAACUUACUAAUGAUAUUUGUCGAGCUAGAGUGUAAAUUAUUUUCAGAUGUUGUCUGCACUUCAAUAUACUAUUACUACAUCAA